AUGGGAGGCAGUCCAGUAAAAGAUAUGCAACUGAUGAGGAGCGGCAACCUAAAGAUGUUGAAGACCACAGAGAGGAAGCAGCUUUCACAGUCAGAAGAUGCUAUCGUUGUAGGUCAACCAAACAUUUAGUACGUCAGUGCACUGUGUCUCUGGGAGAAAACACAAGAAAAGGGCGGCCUGCGAUUGCUGGGAAGUUGAGGAGACAGGAAGAGUCGAGUCCAGUAUGUUUCUGCAGCAGUUCGAGGCACCAGUCACGACGUUGGACAAGACUGGAUUUUAGACUCAGCAGCGACAAACAUUUUUGUUAAGUCUGCACAAACCUUUGUAGAAAAGCAGCCUUGUAAGUCUGUAAAUGUAGUACUAGCUGACGGAACAGUGCAUGAGUCAGUUGGAAAGGGUAGUGUGAAUAUCAACUGUUUAAGUACCAAGUUUACCAAUGUUUUACGUGUACCAAGUUUAGAAAAUAAUUUGCUUUCAGUUACAAGUCUUGUUAAGCAGGGAUUUAAGGUAACCUUCUCGGGUUCAGGUUGUAAAAUAGAGAAAGCUGGAAAAGUGGUUACAGCAUCACUAAAAAAUGGUUUGUUUGUUUUGAAAGACCAGCUAGUAAGUGAGUCUGGGGCAUGUGUUAAAGCCUGUAAUAAAGCCUUGCAUGAUGAGUGCCAGCAUCUGUGGCAUCGUCGUUUGGGGCAUGCCAAUUUCCGCAGUAUUGCAAAAAUGCCAGAAUUAAACAAGGGAAUUAAAAUGAAAAAAUGUUCAGUUUUUCUGGACUGCAAUACCUGCAAGAACUCUAAAAGUAAGCGGCGGUCCUAUCCUGAAAGUACUAGAAUUAGCAAGAGGCCAUUUGCUUUAGUACACUCAGACCUUUGUGGGCCAUUUGCAGAGUCUGAAGGAGGAGCAAAGUGUUUUUUUUUUGUUCUUGUGGAUGAUUAUAGCCGGUAUACUUGUUAAAACACAAAAGUGAAACUGGUCAACUGAUUAAAAAUUGGGUCAACUAUAUAGAAAGGCAGUUUCCCUACAAAGUUACCCAGUUGCAGAGUGACCGUGGAGGCGAGUUCAUGUCUGAAGCCCUCCAGGUCUGGUUGAAAAAGCGUAGUAUUAGUCACCGUAAAUUGUGUCCUUUUUCGCCUGAAGAAAAUUCAGUUGCAGAACGCAAGAUAAGGUCUUUGCAAACAAUGCUAGAUUCUAUGGUAUGUGAUUCUGGCUUAUCCAGGAAGUAUUGGGGGGGAAGGAAUUCUCUGCGCUAACUACAUACAGAACAGAUUGCUUCAUUCUACCAUAAACAAUAGCCCUCAUUUUUUGCUUUAUGGGAAAAAAACCUUUUUAGACCAUGUUAAAACUUUUGGUUGCUGGGCUUGGGUUCACAUCUUAAAAGGACAGAGAAGGAAAGGAGAACCCAAGGCAAAGAAACUUAGGUUUGUUGGCUAUCAAACUUGGUCAAAGGGGUAUUGUUUUGCACUACGGCGUGGCAGAGUUGUGAUAUCAAGACAUGCAGAGUUUUGUGAGCAAGAUGGUUGGGCUCGUUUACAUGGAAAUUCAGAAGUUGUGUUAUCUUCUGAUGAUACAAAUAAAUUUGUGAAAUCUGAGGUAGAAAAGCCACAAAUUAAAGAAAAUUCUGAAAGAGACAGUGGUGAGAACUCAGGGGAUGAGGGUCCCAGUACACAAUCUCCUAAAGCUGAAGCAAUUUCUCCUGAGCAAGAUGAAUCAGAAGGGGAAGAUAGUUCAGAGGGGGCGAGUGUUCAGGUUAGAAGAUCACAAAGAAGCAAUAAGGGGGUACCUCCAGAAAGGUUUACUAUACAAGAAGUUAAAACUGUUGAUGUGAAGAAAGAACCUUGUGAUUAUGAGGAGGUUUUAAAGUUACCACACCAGGAAAUAGUAAGGUGGAAAAAUGCAAUGAAAGCAGAAAUGAAAUCUUUAGCAGAACAUAAUGUGUUUACCACAGAGGCAUUGCCAGAAGGAAAAAAGGCAGUGGGCUGUAGAUGGGUGUAUAAAAUAAAACACUUGGCAGAUGGUGGUGUUAAGUACAAAGCUAGGCUGGUAGCACGAGGCUUUACUCAAAGAAAAGGUGAAAGCUUUGAUGAAACCUUUUCUCCUACUGCAAGGAGUGAAAGUGUACGUUUAUUGCUAGCUCUUGCAGCACAACGUGGGUUUAAGGUAAAUCAUUUUGAUAUUGAAACAGCUUAUCUUAACGCAAAUCUGCAAGAAAUUUCUUCCAGUGUGGUGUAGUGGUUAAGAGCGGUAGUUUCAUAAUCUGGGGAACCGGGUUCGCGUCUCCACUCCUCCACAUGCAGCUGCUGGGUGACCUUGGGCCAGUCACACUUCUCUGAAGUCUCUCAGCCCCACUCACCUCACAGAGUGUUUGUUGUGGGGGAGGAAGGGAAAGGAGAAUGUUAGCCGCUUUGAGACUCCUUAAAGGGAGUGAAAAGCGGGAUAUCAAAUCCAAACUCUUCUUCUUCUUCUUAUGAAUCAAGUGCCAGGUUUUGAGGCAGGCGAACAGAAUUCUGUAUAUAGGCUGAACAAAGCAAUUUAUGGGCUCAAACAGUCAGCCAAAAAUUGGAACGAGUGUCUUGAUAAUGCUUUAAAAAAUCUUGGCUUUAAGAGAAGCUUAGCUGAUAACUGCUUGUACACUAAAGGAAAGGGUGAUAAACAAGAAAUAUGUCUAUCUUAUGUUGAUGAUUUGCUUUACUCUACAAAAAGUGACAAGCAAGUGGAAAAGUUUGCAGAACAACUAAGAAAGGAAUUUAAAGUAAGAGAUUUGGGUCCAGUAAAAAAUUAUCUCGGUUUAGAAAUUCAAAGAACAAACGAUGGAAGUUUUUUGUUGAGUCAAAGAGAUAAAAUAAUGGAGUUACUUGAAAGAAACAAUAUGCAAAACAGCAAGGGAGUAAAAACCCCAAUGGAAAUAGGUUUUUUCAAGAAUGAAGGAGAAUGCACAGAACCUGUAAAUCAUGAAAUGUACCAUUCAAUAGUUGGAAGUUUAUUAUACAUUUCAUUGUGGAGCAGACCAGAUUUGAGUUAUGCAGUUGGAAUACUGAGCAAACUAGUAAGCUGUCCCACAGAAAAUGCCUGGAAAGGUUUAAAACAUAUUUUCUGGUAUUUAAAACAAACACUUGAUUAUUGUUUGAAAUUGCCAUCUUCAGGGUCUACAAAAUUGCAGUGUUACGUUGACAGCGAUUGGGCCAACCUGCCUGAUAGAAAAUAAAUUUCUGGAAUAGUAUUUCAAUUUGGGGAUUCCUUGAUAGGUUGGAAGUCCAAAAAGCAAGGUAUCAUGGCCACAUCUUCAACAGAGGCCGAAUACUGUGCUUUAUCAGAGUUGUGUAAUGAAAUAAAAUUUUAUGUUCAGAUCCUCAAGGAUUUAGAUAUACAAUGUGAUUAUCCCGUUCAAAUAUGGGAAGACAAUCAAGCUGUAAAAACUUUGGCUGGGUCUGAGCAGUUUAGAAACAAAUCAAAGCAUUUAGAAAUUAAAUAUCAAAAUGUGGCUGAAAAUGUGAAGCAAAACCUGAUAAUGCUGAAGUAUUGUGAGAGUAUGCAAAAUGUGGCUGAUAUAUUUACAAAAGCACUAACUUUUGAGAAACAUGCACAACUAGUGACAAAAUUAGGAAUUGUUGUGUGUGAUGUGUAAAUAUGUUCUGUAUAUGUUUAAAGUACCGUUGUUUCUGUUUCUGUUUGAAUGAGAGGGGGUGUUGGGAGACAUUCUACACAGAAACAUGUGUGUAUACCUUAAAGAAGUUUCUGGGUUAAUUGGUUGCAACUGGCCGUGGCUGUAAAAAGGGGAAAGGAGCGUUUUGUAGCCUGCCUGCAGGAAUAACACCCACCAGAGUUUGUGUUUAUUUGUUUGGUAAUAAAGUCUUCAUUUUAGUUUGAGUUUUUACACCUAUGUCUCCUGGAGUCACUCUGUCCUCUGCCACCAGCUGGAAAUCCCCCUCCAACAGACUGAGGCAAACAAAAUCUAUCCCGGAUAAAAGCCAAGCAAUUCCAGCCAACAAAGGCAGUGAAAACUAUAGUAAGGACUCACAUCUAACUCUCUUCAGUUAUUCCUCUAUCACAAGCAUUCAUUAACAUUGUUCAGUAAUCUGGAGCUCCAUUUCUUCCUGAGGCUCUAAUUAGCUUCUCUCUUCAUUGCAGAUGGUGAUGAAUUGGAAGGUAACAACAAGGGGAACCACAACAGAAUCCACAUAGCGGAGGAGUCCGAUAAAUAUUCAAAGUGUGGAGAGAACAUCUGUCAGAGCUCCCAGUCCCCCUCCAAUCAAACAAAGUCCUUAAUUCGAAGGAAUAGUCUCACUUCCCAUCAAAGAACUCAUACCGGGGAGAAACCCUAUCAGUGCUUCGAAUGUGGGAAGAGCUUUAGUCAAAGCUCAAAUCUCGCUUCCCAUCAAAGAACUCAUACCGGGGAGAAACCCUAUCAGUGCUUGGAAUGCGGAAAGAGCUUUCGUCAGAGUGGGCAUCUCACUUCCCAUCAAAAAGUUCAUACAGAGGAGAAACCCUAUCAGUGCUUGGAAUGUGGAAGGAGCUUCAGUCAAAACUCACAUCUCACUUCCCAUCAAAGAAUUCACACAGGGGAGAAACCCUUUCAGUGCCUGGAAUGUGGAAAGAACUUCAGUCAAAGCUCACAUCUCACUUCCCAUCACAGAAUUCAUACCGGGGAGAAACCCAAUCAGUGCUUGGAAUGUGGGAAGAGCUUUCGUCAGAGUAGGGAUCUCACUUCUCAUCACAGAAUUCAUACAGGGGAGAAACCCUAUCAGUGCUUGGAAUGUGGAAAGAGCUUCAGUAAGAGCAGCGAUCUCACUUCCCAUCAAAGAAUUCAUACCAGGGAGAAACCCUAUCAGUGCUUGGAAUGUGGGAAGAGCUUCAGUCGAAAGGGCAAUCUCACUUCCCAUCAAACAAUUCAUACCGGGGAAAAGCCCUAUCACUGCUUAGACUGUGGAAAAGGCUUCCGUCUGAAGAAAAGUCUCACUUCCCAUCAAAUAAUUCACACAGUGGAGAAACCCUAUCAGUGCUUGGAAUGUGGGAAGAGCUUCAUUCACCACAAGAGUCUCUCUUCCCAUCAAAGAAUCCAUACAGGGGAGAAACCCUAUCAGUGCUUGGAUUGUGGAAAAAGCUUCUUUCACAGACAACAUCUCACUUCCCAUUCAAGAAUCCAUACAGGGGAGAAACCCUAUCAGUGCUUGGAAUGUGGGAAGAGCUUCAGUCGAAAGGACAAGCUCACUUACCAUCAAACUAUUCAUACAGGAGAGAAGCCCUAUCACUGCUUAGACUGUGGAAAAAGCUUCUGUCUGAAGGAAAGUCUCACUUCCCAUCAAAGAAUUCAUACAGGGGAGAAACCAUAUCAGUGCUUGGAAUGUGGGAAGAGCUUCAGUCAGAGGCAGGGUCUCACUUCCCAUCAUAAAAUUCAUACAGGGGAGAAACCCUAUCAGUGCUUGGAAUGUGGAAAGAGCUUCCGGGAUGGGACCUAUCUCACUUCCCAUCAAACAAUUCAUACAGGGGAGAAACCAUAUCAGUGCUUGGAAUGUGGGAAGAGCUUCAGUCAGAGGCAGGGUCUCACUUCCCAUCAUAAAAUUCAUACAGGGGAGAAACCCUAUCAGUGCUUGGAAUGUGGAAAGAGCUUCCGGGAUGGGACCUAUCUCACUUCCCAUCAAACAAUUCAUACAGGGGAGAAAUCCUAUCAGUGCUUAGACUGUGGAAAAUGCUUCCGUCAGAAGGAAACUCUCACUUGCCAUCAAAGAAUUCAUACAGGGAAGAAACCCUAUCAGUGCUUGGAAUGUGGAAAGCGCUUCAGUCACAGCAGCAGUCUCACUUCCCAUCAAAGAAUCCAUACAGAGGAGAAACCCUUUCAGUGCUUAGAAUGUGGGAAGAGCUUUAGUCAAAGCCGCAAUCUCAUAACCCAUAAAAGAAUUCAUACAGGAGAGAAACCACAUAUGUGCUUGGAUUGUGGAAAAAGCUUCAGUCACAGCCACAGUCUCACUUCCCAUCAAAGAAUUCAUACAGGGGAGAAACCAUAUCAAUGCUUGGAAUGUGGAAAGAGCUUCAGUCAGAGCAGCAGUCUCACUUCCCAUCAUAAAAUUCAUACAGGGGAGAAACCAUAUCAAUGCUUGGAAUGUGGAAAGAGCUUCAGUCAGAGGCAGAGUCUCACUUCUCAUCUUAAAAUUCAUACAGGGGAGAAACCAUAUCAGUGCUUCGAAUGUGGGAAGAGCUUCUGUCACAGAUCACAUCUCGCUUCCCAUCACAGAAUCCAUACAGGGGAGAAACCCUAUCAGUGCUUGGAAUGUGGAAAGAGCUUCAGUCACAGCCACAAUCUCACUUCCCAUCAAAUAAUUCACACCAGAGAGAAAACCUCUUAGUGUUUGGAAUGAGGGAAGAGCUUCAGUCAGAAUGCCACUCUCAUGGCCCACCAAAUAGUUCAUACAGGGUUUAAAGCAUAUCAGCGCAUGGAAUGUGGAUAAAAUUUCACUCGUAAAAAAGUCAAUUCAAGAACUCACAGCAGGGUGAAUAAUAGAAUGGUAGACUCGGAAUCUAGUCCAACUGCCGCCAAUGCAGACAAAAACUCAUUUCAAGCAUCCAUGACAGAUGGCCAUCCAACUUCUUCUUAUAUACCUCCAAUGAAGGAGAGUCCUCUCUCUUCUGAGGGAGUUCCUUUUCACUGUUGUCUCUUACUAUCAGAAAGUUCUUCCUGAUCUUAUGAGGAAUCUCCUUUUGUGUUGCUUGAAUCACCUCUUCAGAUUCCUUCAUGACCUUGAGAAGGACUUCUGUAUGUCUGAGAAUGUCCAGGGGAUUGGACCAUGCUCUAUAUUCGGGGAAAACCCAUGGAGAGGAGUCCGAUAUACGGCUUAAGUCAUCUGGGCAUUGGUUAGAUUGUCAUAAUUACAGACAUACUUACUGGUUUGGACGGAAGUGAUUCUUAUUCCAGGGGAAGUGGUGACUGUGAGAUUACAGGCACUCUCGCCAAUAUUAUCCAACCGUCCAGUAAAACUUUGACACAGCAGACCAAUAGUUUACCUGCUAAGGUCAAUGUAUUGGGAGGUUAGGUUUAGGGCCGUGUGGUAUUGCUUAAUUGUAUGUGGGAUCCCUAUAAAGGGAACUUCUUCCUCUAGGUGGGAGGGAGACUGGUCAAGUUACCAUCAGUUGAAUGCAACAUUUAAGUUAGAUUUUAAAAAAUGGAUUUGCAGAACAAAACUCACAGUUUGAAAGAGAGUUAUUAGGCUCCGGGUUAAAAUAGUACAGUGAUACCUCUGGUUACGUACUUAAUUCAUUCCGGAGGUCCGUUCUUAACCUGAAACUGUUCUUAACCUGAAGCACCACUUUAGCUAAUGGGACCUCCCGCUGCUGCUGCUGCGCAAUUUCUGUUCUCAUCCUGAAGCAAAGUUCUUAACCCGAGGUACUAUUUCUGGGUUAGCGGAGUCUGUAACCUGAAGCGUAUGUAACCCGAGGUACCACUGUAUCUAAAAUGUAUAACAUUACUUGAGUGGAAUACAAAGAAUGAAAUGAUGAAAUCAUCAAUGAGAAGCUGGGCUAGAGAUGUAAGUCACAACAUUGACUUUGCUUUAUGGGAACAACUGUGGAAAGUAAAUUUAAGGUUUACAGCUAGCUACAUGCUAAGGGAAAACUUCAUGAAAAUGAUGCAGAGGACUCAAUCAAGAUCAUCAAGGGUCUGAAACCAAGCCUUAUGAGGAGUGCUUGAAGGAACUGGGGGGGUGUGUGUGUCUAUUUUAAGUGACGUUUGCCGAAAUCUACACUUGCGACAUGGGCUGCCAUAUGUCCAGAUGUCCAUAUGUCCAGAUUUUCCCGGACAUUUCAGCAAUUUCCGCCGAGACGCUGCUUACAGUUCUGUACA